AUGGUGACUUUGCCUCGGCAGUGCGUGCUCUGGGGCUGCUUGUUGACAGCGGUCCAUUUAGGACAAUGCAUUACAUGCGAUGACAAACAGUACCUCUUCAAUGGCCGGUGCUGCGACUUGUGCCAGCCAGGAAGGAGACUAGAGAGCCACUGCACGGAUGCCAUCAAGACCCAGUGCCUUCUGUGUGACUCCGGCGAAUUCAUGAACAAGUGGAACAAAGAGCUCCGGUGUUACCAGCAUACACACUGUGAAUCCAAGGAAGGGCUUGAGGUUGAGAAGCAGGGUACUGCAGAUACAGACACCAUCUGUGCCUGUAAGGAAGGGCAACACUGCACUAGUGAGGAGUGCCAGAGAUGUGCUCAACACACAUCCUGUGGCCCUGGCUUUGGAGUUAAGCAGAUGGCCACACGGACUGCCGAUACGGUGUGUGAACCCUGCCCAGCCGGCUUCUUCUCCAGUGGGUCAUCAGCUUUUGAACAAUGUCAUCCUUGGACCAGCUGCGAGGCCAAAAACAUGGUGGUACAGCAGGAAGGGACGAAUCGGACUGACGCUGUCUGUGGUGUGCAGUCCCGGACGCGAGCCCUGCUGGUCAUUCCCAUUGUGAUGGCCGUCCUCAUCACCAUCUUCAUAGCGGUGUCUUUCUGUAUCAAAAAGGUGGUCAAGGAACCAGAGGAUAAUAAGGCCUCACUCCCUGCUGUUGAAACGGGAGAUCCUACGGAGACAGAAGAUUGUCUUGGCCACAACACUGCUCCAGUGCAGGAGACAUUGGUUGGGAGUCAGCCUGUGGCACAGGAGGACGGCAAGGAGAGCCGCAUAGCAGUGCAGGAGAGACAACUGAUGGACAGCAUGGACUUGAAGCACCUGGUCUGAGAUCUUGGAACUGUUGCAGUGGUGAUGGCACGAGGGCAAGGGCCUGGCUCGGAUGGCGGCUGACAUUUGAGAUUCGAAAGGAACAAAAACUGCCGCGCCUGCCCAGCUGCCAUCCCUUGUCUUGCUUUUAAAGAUGGAGGAAAAGCUUGGGCAUCAGGGAUCCAGAGAGUGCAGCAAUACAGG